AUGUCCAUUUACGAAUACUACGGCGUCAGUCGCUGCUGCUGCCACGACGAGACGCCAACCUACGACUGGGACCAUCCCCACUCCGUCAGCCCUCUAGACGAAGACGGCGAACACCCAAGAGACUAUUUCGCUCCCCGACCACCACCUCGCCGCCAACCUCGCAGACAUCAAGCAAACCACCGUGGACUUGGAUAUCAAGCGUACCAACCCAGCUAUGACUACAGGACUUAUGCCAAUUUCGGCGGCUCGGGACCAGGUGGCUUCAGAGGCAGCUCGGCAUGGGAACAAUACGAGGAUCCACGGGACUAUCGUUCAUAUGGGGGUUGGAGGGGUCAGGGUGCUGGGCGUGAGGGCUAUAGUUGGGGUCGAGAUGGGGGUCAUUAUGGUCGGUUUUGCUGA